CAUUGCGGCUCGAAUCUGAUAGACAUUUUGAUAGCUCGCCUAAUGUCGGCGCUAAUUCUAAUUCUCUUGUUGAAGCUUACAUGAACAUCCGUGGAAUUCAGGAGAUCGCGAGUUAAUAAUCGACCGACACUAAUAGAGUUCAUACAUUAUUCUUUUCUGAGCCCGAAAAGAAUAAAAAAAAGAAUUCUAGAAGACCCUGCUUACAUACGCACUACGGAACGUGCCGCUAACCCUUUCUUGUCUUGCCGCUCCUGCAGCUGAAUCUGCGCCAUCGGGAAACGGGUAAAAUCUCACGAGCGUCCGAAAGGUCGCGGAGGGCCGCCGCCCACAUUCGUGUUUUAGAAUAUAUACAACACGUACGACAGAUUCCCACUAUCUCGACUAGAGGUUGCCACUCUGCUAUAUCGAGUAGCCCCUAGUUUCGGCUAAGGCCGUUUCUGGAUGUAUGUCGAAGUCUGAGCGCCUUCAAGAUGAGGGCUCCCGACUUCAAGUCGUCGCCGCCGGCGCAACCGCCGGUCUAAUAUCCCGCUUCGUCAUCGCACCCCUAGACGUCGUUAAGAUCCGCCUGCAGCUCCAAUCGCACUCCCUCUCCAACCCAUCCACAAUCCUCGACCUCCGCGGCUCGCCCGUCUACAAAGGGACUAUCGGGACCUUCCGCCACAUUAUCGCAAAUGAGGGCAUCACCGCCCUCUGGAAAGGCAAUGUCCCCGCCGAGCUUAUGUACGUAGCAUACGCUUCGGUCCAGUUCACUACAUACCGAUCAACGACCAUGCUUCUGCGCCGUGUGUUUGGGGAUCGCGAAGAGGGCCAAAAAGGGCUUCCGAAAUCCGUUGAGUCGUUUGUUUCUGGUGCUGCGGCGGGCGCGACGGCUACCGCGACUACGUAUCCGUUAGACCUACUGCGCACGCGGUUCGCGGCCCAGGGCAACGACCGCGUGUACACCUCUCUCCGACGAGCGAUCGCGGACAUCCAGCGCGACGAGGGUGUGCGGGGGUUCUUCCGCGGAUUAAGUCCCGCUCUAGCGCAAAUUGUGCCGUUUAUGGGUUUGUUCUUCGCGGUAUACGAGGGCGCGCGAUUGCAUCUUGGUCAGAUCGAACUCCCAUGGGGCGCGGGUGAUGCAACAGCGGGUGUGAUCGCUAGUAUCGUCGCCAAGACAGGCGUUUUCCCCUUAGAUCUCGUGCGCAAGAGGAUUCAGGUCCAGGGCCCGACGCGUGGGCGUUAUGUGCAUAAGAAUAUUCCCGAGUACGUGGGUACCGUCAGCACGAUACGUGCGAUACUACAAAGGGAGGGAGCUAGGGGUUUGUAUAGAGGCCUUACGGUUAGCUUGAUUAAGGCGGCACCCGCGAGCGCGGUUACAAUGUGGACGUAUGAACGGAUGUUGAAUUUUCUUACUAGACGGCGGGAGAAAAAUGAUACCAUCGGCGCUUAGAAAGCGGUAGGGUAAAAGGGCGAUAUUGCAUAUAAAAUGGCAGGAUAACGAGAUUCGUAAUGGCGUUGGUAUAAAUUCCGAUAGACGCUGCUACUCACUUUGUAUAUCGUGGGUUGAGUAUGGAAAAAUUGGCGUUUGCGUUAGAUUCUAUAGAGAUAACUACAAAAGCAUUUGGUAUUCGAUUUCACGCAAAUAUUCGUUACCGUAAAUUUAGUAUCAAGCCAAGGAA